CGGAAGGCCUGGAGGGGAGGAUGGGGCCAGCCAGGUCGGCAGUGUCCAGGAGGAAGUGGAGGGUGGAGCUCACUUCCCCUCACCCCCUGGCCCCCAGACACGGACACGGCCUCAGGAAUGCCACCGCCUGGGGGCACUUGCUGUUCCUCCCUGAGGCCAUGCUGAGGUCAGCACUCUGGACAGAGCCUGGUGGCCAGCUUGUGACCAGGGUGAAGCAGGCGCUGCUCCCAAGCCCCUGUCCCCUGAGGGCUAAGGCAGCCUCUGCUGGGCACCUCCAGUCAGGUUGCUCUCCAGGCAGCCAGUGAGCAUCCCCACCUGCAUUCUCCAGCACAAGGUCCUGACUGCCUCCACCACCCAGCCUCCCUGUAGCUAGGUGUGGCCUUGUGACCAAGCGCAGAGCAAGUUCUCGAUCAUGGUCACCUAGAUCAUGGCUGUGGGACCUGGAAGCAAUGGCUGAGCUUCAGCAGCCACUGUAGGGGCAUGAAGCUAGGAAUCAUAGAGAUUGGAGGCUAAGAGCUGAAGGGACCAGCUUCCAAUGGCUGUGGAGCCACUGCCAUGUCUAGACUUGGUCAGCUGAGCCCUAUGAUCUAGUCACCUCCCCAAAGCUCUGCCCAUAGGCAUGUGGGGGACAUCUGGUUCUAAACCCUACCAGAGAAAUAAGUGGUCUUGGUAGGCCACUCUGGCGGGGUCUCUGUCCGGAAGCCAGGCUGACAUGAUGGCCAUAGCAGUGGGGUGCCCUCUAGAGGAGGGUGGGUUCUCUCUGGUGGGACAGUGCUCAGCCCCGCCCUCCAGGCUCCAGCGGCCUCUCAAGAGGGUGUGGGGACACAGGGCAAAGAGGAAGAAGCUGAAGGGGAAGCAGCAGGUGCUGCCUGAGAGCGGAGGCCCUACAGUCUGCAGCUGGAGCCGGGAUGGACACCAGGGCAGGUCCUCCAGAGGUGCUGGGACUGCUGGCCAUGCUGGGGCUGGGCAUCAUGACUGCCACCUACCUCCUGGUGCGAGGGUCCCCUCCUCCUGCCUGCUGCCAGCUGAACCCCAAGGAAGAGCCCCUCAGGUCCUGGGAGGCCCUGGGUGGGGCGGCCCCACCGCAGAGGGACUCCUGCCAACUUGUCCUCACCGAGAGCCUCCCCCAGGACUUGCCGUAUGCCACUGGCAGCCCCUCAGCCCAGUCCCUAGCCCUUGCCUGGCUGCAGCUGCUGAACACCGCCCAGGAAAGCAUCCAUGUGGCCUCCUACUACUGGUCCCUCACAGGGCCUGACAUCGGGGUCAAUGACUCAUCCUCCCAGCCGGGCGAGGUCCUUCUGCAGAAGAUGCAGCAGCUGCUGGCCAGGAAUGUCUCACUGGCCGUGGCCACCAGCAGCUCGGCACCAGCCAGGAACUCCACUGACCUUCAGGUGCUGGCAGCCCAUGGUGCCGAGGUGCGACAUGUGCCCAUGCAGCAGCUCAUCGGGGGUGUCCUGCAUUCCAAGUUUUGGGUCGUGGAUGGGCAGCAUGUCUACAUGGGCAGUGCCAACAUGGACUGGCGGUCCCUGACACAGGUAAAGGAGCUGGGUGCCGUCAUCUACAACUGCAGCAGCCUGGCCCAGGACCUGGAAAAAACUUUCCAGACCUACUGGGUUCUGGGGGCGCCCCACGCCGUCCUCCCCAAGACCUGGCCUCGGAACUUCUCGUCCCACAUCAAUCGCUUCCAGCCCCUCCGAGGCUUCUUCAAUGGCCUCUUCACCACUGCCUACUUCUCGGCUUCGCCCCCUGCGCUCUGUCCUCGAGGCCGCACCCAGGACCUGGACGCAGUCCUGGCGGUGAUGAGGGGAGCACGGGAGUUCCUCUACGUCUCGGUGAUGGACUACUUCCCCACCACCCGCUUCAGCCACCCUGCCAGGUACUGGCCGGUGCUGGACAACGCGGUGCGGGCGGCAGCCUUUGGCCAGGGCGUGCACGUGCGCCUGCUGGUCAGCUGCUGGCUGCACACUGACCCCACUAUGUUCCCGUACCUGCGGUCACUGCAGGCCUUCAGCAACCCCAGGGCUGGCAUCUCGGUGGACGUGAAAGUGUUCAUUGUGCCCGUGGGGAAUCACUCCAGCAUCCCCUUCAGCCGGGUGAACCACAGCAAGUACAUGGUCACGGAGAAGGCAGCCUACAUCGGCACCUCCAACUGGUCAGCAGACUACUUCAGCAGUACCUCGGGGGUGGGCCUGGUGGUCCACCAGCAGGCCCCCCGAGCCCAGCCAGGGCCACCCCCCGUGCAGGAGCAGCUGCGGCAACUCUUUGAGCGGGACUGGAGCUCCCGCUACGCCGUGAGCCUCGACGGACGCACCUCAGGCCAGGACUGUGUUUGGCAGGGCUAAGGCCCAGCCUCCUGGCUCUGGGCCCACAGCCCUCAGUGGACGCUGCUGCCCAUGGGGCAUCAGUUCAGGUGCAGAGCUGCAAAUGCAAAACAGCUUUACUUGGGCCUGAGAACUGCAAUGCAGAUCUGGCAGUUGUGACCGGGACUUCUGGGGUCACUCAGAUCGCGCGUGGCCAAGUAGGCCUGGGGACUCUCCACGGGUUGCUGGGAGGAAGGUGACAGUGUGGAGAGGGGCCCAGCACUCACUGGUCCCCCACGACCCAUCGCAAGGGCCAUCGUCCCCAGGUACAAAGCUCAUGGGUCGUGGUGACCGCUGUCCAGCUGCAGCCCCAAUAAGAGACGCUGACAGCCUGAGGCCUGGCCCAGGUCAGGGUCAGC